AUGUGCCAGGGUGCUGCCUUCAUGUGCCAUAAUGGCACUGACAGUGAGUUCAUCUAUGGAGAGAAAUUUGCUAAUGAGAACUUCAUCCUGACGCACACUGGUUCUAGGAUUUUGUCCAUGGUAAAUGCUGAACCCAACACAAAUGAUUCCCAGUUUUUCAUCUUUGUCACUAACACUAACUGGUUGGAUGGCAAGCAUGUUGCCUUUGACCAGGUGAAAGAAGACAUGAAGGUCAUGGAAUCCGUGGAGACUUUUGGGUCUUGA